AUGUCGGUUCCAGAACAGGAAAAUAAUAAUAACACCACAAUCCCUAACAUCGUCCUAGGCAAUGGAGAAAAAGGAGAAAAUAUAGAUUUCUCAAUUGUUGACCAACUUCCUCCGCAACAUAAUUCAGAAUCUUUCGUUGAACAAGAAGAUGACGUCAACGAGAAAUCCUCCGCAGGAAAUAAAAAGGGAAAGAAGAAAAAAGUUAAAAAACCACCCGAGGAAAAUAAUGCCAUUCCCGUGAGUCAAAUAUUUAGAUUUGCUACGCCCCUCGAUAAAUUUUAUAUAUUCAUAGGUACAAUAGCAGCAUUUGGUAAUGGUAUUGCUAUACCUCUCACGGCUGUCAUCUUUUCAGGAUUUAUUAACGUCUUUUCAAGAUUCUCCUUGGCCGUAUCAAUUUAUAAUUCUACUCAAGAUGAAGCACAAUUUGAUGAAGCUAAAAAUGAAUUGAAUUCAGAUAUUCGUCGACACGUUUAUUAUUUUAUGAUCCUGGGUGCUUCGAUUUUUGUCGUUAGUUAUAUUCAAAUGACCACUUGGUCAAUUGCCGGUGCAAAUCAAGCAGACAAAGUUCGCAGAUUAUAUUAUUCAUCUCUAUUAAAACAAGAAAUAGCAUAUUUUGAUAGUACACAAUCAGGGGAACUAACAACACGUAUAUCAAAUGAUACUUAUAUUUAUCAAGAAGGGAUAUCCGAGAAAGUGGGUUUGAUUUUACAAAAUGCUGCUACAUUUUUUGGUGGUUUCAUUGUCGCCUUUUUCGAAAGCUGGCAAUUAACGCUUGUAUUGUGUUCCGUAUUUCCUUUACUGAUUGCCGCUGGAGCUAUUAUGGCAAAAUCCGUUAGUGGUGAUACAUCAAAGGGUCAAGAUGCAUACGCAGCAGCAGGAUCAUUAGCCGAACAAGUCUUUUCUAACAUUCGCACAGUGUUAGCAUUUGGAGGUCAACCACGCGAAUUCGCUAGAUAUUCAGCAAAAUUAGAAUUAGUGUAUAAAGCGGGAAAAAGGAAGGCAGUAAUAAGUGGCAUUGGAUUAAGUUCAAUGAUGUUUAUUAUAUUUUGUUCUUAUUCCUUGGCAUUUUGGUACGGAAGUAAGCAAAUUUUAAAUGGAUCAAAAUCCAGUGGUUUUUCAAUAGGAAACGCUUCACCACAUUUUAGUAGCGUAGCGGCAUCGUUAGGAUCGGCUAAAAAAUUAUUUACAACCAUAGACCGUAAACCUUUGAUAGACGUAACCUCCACCACUGGUCAAAAAACUUCUCCUUCCUCUAAAUUUGAAGGACGCAUCGAAUUUAAGAACAUCUCAUUUCAUUACCCAUCUCGUCCUGAUGUACCAGUAUUAAAAGGUUUCUCAACAAUAAUCGAGCCAAAUCAAACGGUAGCAUUAGUAGGUUCAAGUGGUAGUGGAAAAUCUACGAUAGUUGGAUUAUUAGAAAGGUUUUAUGAUCCCGUCGAAGGAGAGAUCCUUAUCGAUGGGGUACCAUUAAAAGAUUGGAAUUUGAAAUCUCUUAGAGGACUUAUCGGAUUGGUUGGACAAGAGCCGGUUUUAUUUCAAAACACCAUUAGGCAAAAUAUUGCAUGGGGAAAAGUCUCGGAGGAUGGUAGUGAAGUUGAUAUUGAGAAGAUUAAAGAAGCGUGCAAAAAGGCUAACGCACAUGAAUUCAUUGAAGAUUUACCAAAGAAAUAUGAUACUCCGGUGGGUGAUAAAGGUGCAUUAUUAUCAGGAGGACAAAAACAAAGAAUUGCUAUUGCAAGAGCACUUAUAAAAGAUCCACCGAUAUUAUUGUUGGAUGAAGCCACUUCUGCAUUAGAUACGGAGUCCGAAAGUCUUGUUCAAGACGCAUUAGACAAUGCAUCCUCCAAUAGGACAACAAUUGUCAUAGCUCAUAGGUUAUCUACCAUCAAAAAUGCUGAUAAAAUUAUCGUAAUGCAUAAGGGUGAAAUUAAAGAAGUUGAAAAUAAAUCGACGCAAUUAAGAAGAGCUCUUACGAGAGAAUCUACGAUAAAAUCUAUUAAAUCAAUAAAAGAAGAGGAAGAAAAAUUAAUUGAAGAAAAAUUUAAAGGAACAAAGACGCCAUUUUCAAGGUUAUUUCAAUUAAACAAACCAGAAUUUGUAUUAAUAACGAUCGGGGCAAUCGCAUCAGCAAUCGAUGGUAGCAUUUUUCCAGUAUUUGCUAUAUUAUUUUCAUCAUUAUUGGAUUCAUUGGCCAAAGUAGAUCGUCCUAAAGAGCUGGAAAGUGAUGCCAACUUCUACUCCGGAAUAUUUGCAAUUAUUGCAUUAGUCACCUUUUUUGCAGGAUUUGCCAAAACUACUUCCUUUAUGUUAAGUUCAGAAAGAUUAACUAAACGUAUUAGAUUAAAGACGUUUGAUCAUUUAAUGAAACAAGAAGUGGCAUUUUAUGAUGAUGAAAAUAAUAGUGUUGGUAUUUUAACUUCUAGAUUGGCGGUUGAUGCUACAAAGAUUGAGGGGCUUACUGGUUCGCUUAUGGGUAAUAUCAUACAGACGACAGUCACCAUUUGUAUUGGUCUGGGGAUCGCGUUUUUUUAUGGUUGGAAAUUAACCUUGGUCGUAAUUUCUGCGGCUCCUAUUAUUGUAAUUGCACAAUACGCUAAAUUAAAAUCUCUCUCCGGAUACGGUUCCAAGACUCUCAAAGCAUACGAAGGGACAGGACAUAUAGUCCAUCAAAGUGUUUCUAAUAUUCGUACGAUAGCAUCUCUCUCGUUGGAAGAUACAUUCUACAAGUUAUAUCACGAAUCAAUAUCAGAACCACAUAAAACUGCUAUAAAAGGAACUAUGAUUGCAGCAUUAGGGUUUGGACUCUCACAAGGAAUGAUAUAUUUCUUUUACUGUCUUACUUUCUGGUACGGAUCCGAAUUAGUUAAAAGUCAAGAAUAUACAAUAAAGAGAAUGUUCAGCGUAUUCUUUGUGAUAACCUUCACCUCAACCGCAGUUGGUCAAAUAAGUUCUUUCGUCCCAAGUAUUUCCAAAGCGAGGGUAGCAGCACUUUCGAUAUUUGAAUUACUUGAUAGAAAACCGAACACCUCUCCACCGGAUAGUAUAAAUGAUCGACCAACUCCAGUAACAGGAUCAUCUAAAUUCGAUGAUGUACAUUUCUCAUAUCCUGCACGUCCCGAUUCAAAAAUUCUAAGAGGUCUAUCAAUGUCAAUACCUUCUAAUAAGACAAUAGCAAUAGUUGGCUCGAGUGGUAGUGGUAAAUCUACGGUAAUUUCACUACUUUUACGUUAUUAUAACGCCAAUUCAGGGGUUGUCCGUAUGGAAGAUAUUGAUAUAUUGCAAUGGGACCUAGAGUAUUUAAGAGAAAAUCUUUCUUUGGUUGGACAAGAACCUAUUUUAUUUGAUAUGACAAUUGGAGAAAAUAUUGCUUAUGGGAAAGAUGGCGCCACUCAGGAUGAAAUUGAAACGGCUGCCAAACACGCUAAUAUAAACAGUUUUAUUGAAACGCUCCCGGAAAGAUACAAUACCAGAGUUGGUGAAAAAGGAGCUCAAUUAAGUGGCGGACAAAAGCAACGAAUUGCCAUUGCGAGAGCUUUAAUUAGACGUCCCAAACUGUUAUUAUUGGACGAGGCAACUUCUGCCUUAGAUUCCGAAUCUGAAAAGGUUGUGCAAGAUGCUCUUGAUAAGGCCGCUAAAGAUCGGACCACUAUAACGAUAGCCCAUCGAUUAUCUACCAUCCAAAAUUCGGAUUUAAUUUUGGUUUGUAAAAAAGGCAAAGUUGUUGAAUCGGGCAAGCAUUUUGAUUUAGUUGCUAAAAAAGGGAUAUAUUUUGAUCUAGUUAACAAGCAAUCCCUCACAAAAAAUCACGAAUGA